AUGGCGAAAAGUAAAACGCCAACUAGAGCAGCCAACAAAGAGGUGAAAAAUUUAAUUGAAGAUCUGCUAAAAAAAUUGCAUACUUCAGAGGUACCCGAGGAUUUGCCGUGCAGAGGAGAACAAAUCAAUAAAAUAGAAAAAUUUUUGCGGUCAGUCAUUUCACCAAAUGGUGAAUCGUCAGCCAUGUACAUAUCUGGUGUCCCAGGCACUGGCAAGACGGCGACCGUCCAGACAGUUGUCCGGAGAUUAGAAGAUGAGGUAGGACCGACGUUUAAAGCCAUCUAUAUCAAUGCGAUGGAACUGAUUGAUCCAAAGGAGUUUUUCGUUCGCGUCUACAAAGAGAUUACUCAAGACUCAAAAAGAGUUGGAAUAACGACAGCCCGCAGACAUUUAAAUUUGCUUUUUCAAAGCAUCGACAGAAAAAGGCCUCCUAUUAUCAUUAUGAUUGACGAGUUAGAUCAUAUGUGCACUAAGCGACAGGAAUUAAUAUACGAUAUCUUCAAUUGGACUACAAAUGAAAGGGCGCGUGUUACCGUGAUUGCAAUCGCUAAUACAUUGGAUUUACCGGAGCGCAUGCUUUCUCAAAGAAUUGCUAGUAGAUUGGGGUCUAAUCGACUAACAUUUGAACCGUACACUCAUCAGCAAAUCCAAUCGAUCAUAACUGCGCGUUUGAGUGAUACGACAGCUUUCGAUGAUCAAGUAGUCGAACUUGCGGGCCGAAAGGUUGCUGCAAUAUCAGGAGACUUGCGAAAAGCAAUCGAGAUUUUGAGGCGAGCUGCUGAAUUGGCGCUUGACGCAAAAGCCUCUCGAGUUUCGUUGGAACAUGUUCAAUCCUCGAUUGCUGAAACUCAAUCUUCGAUACGUAUGGGUUAUUUCCAAAGUCUUUCCGAGCACGGCAUCGAAUUGUUUCGUGCCGCGACAACACAGGUGAUGACGACGGGUGUUGAAGAGUUUCGUUUUUAUGAACUUUUCAAGCAUUAUUUAUCAUUUUGCGCGGGACAAGGCCUCGAUGGAAAUGAACUGAUCGCUCGUGAAAUAAUAUGCACAUUAUCCAGCAUGCGACUCAUCAUUGUUGCUGCAACAACAGCGCAUUCUCAUAACUGGUGGCAUCGUAAAAUGCAACUUGGUGUUCCUCUACAAGAAGCGCUCGACUUUCUCAAAUCUUAUAAAAACCCAGAUUCUCCC